AUGUCUACUUACAAGCCUUCCGAACACGACGGUCUUAAACAAGACGGUACUCCCGAUAAGAGAGUUAGCUCAGAACACGGCUUCGGAGGAUCCGACGGUCCCGACCCUCACGUUGAAGGCCAAAAAGGUGGCUCCGUUUCCGGAACUGACAACUACAAGCCUUCCGAACACGGUGGGGUGAAGAAGGAUGGUACUGAGGAUGCUCGAACCAGAUCUGAUCAUGGUUUCGGAGGCUCUGACGGACCUGACCCCCACGUCGAAGGUCAAAAGGGAGGUUCCAAAUAA